GCAUCGUCACACGUACUUUACGCACACUGGAUGAACGGAGGCAGAGACCCGGUGAAGGAUGAUGCUGACACCGGCUCAGAAGGGCUUUCUCUCCGGGUUUAUCUACCGGGUGGCAGGGGUAUGGUCGCCGGCACUGGUGUAAAAUGCGCCGGAGCAGACCGGGUGUGCUCGUCGGCCUAGCUGAGCUCGGCUGCUGCUGCUCGCCUUCGCCUCUCCCAUUUCUAUUCUAGUACUUUUUUAUUGCAGCGUUAUUAUUUCCAGGUCAAAAUCUCAGUUUCCUGUGCGGCUUGUUUGUACUAAAAAUGGCCGGAGAUGGCGGCGCUCUGAAGGAUAUCAAUGAGAUUAAAUCCCAGUUCCGGACCAGAGAGGGCUUCUAUAAGCUGCUCACCCUCUCGGACUCGCAGCAACGGGGCGGACUGCCGCGGGGUCCGUCCGCCGGGGCCACGCUGGGCCCGGGGCCUGGACCCGGUCCGAUACCCGGCGGAGGGGUCGGGCUGCUGCAGGGGCCCGGGGCCGCCGCCGCCGCGGCAGCUGCCGCCGCCGCCGCCGCCUCCUCUUCCUCCAAUGCCGCAGCCAACUCCUCUCCGGCGGGCUUCCUGCCGCCGGUCCGGGUCUCUAUGGUCAAGCUGCAGCCCGAAGACCCGAGCGAGGAGUCGGAGCGGGUGUGCUUCAACAUCGGCCGGGAGCUGUAUUUCUACACGUACACCAACAUCAAGAAGGCUGUAGACCUCAGUAAGCCAAUAGAUAAGAGAAUCUACAAGGGGACUCAGCCGACGUGUCACGACUUCAACCAGUACUCCGCCACAGCAGAGAGCGUAGCUCUCAUCGUGGGUUUCUCAGCCGGACAAGUCCAGUAUCUCGACCCUAUCAAGAAGGAAACAAGUAAACUCUUCAACGAGGAGAGGUUGAUAGACAAAUCCAAGGUGACGUGUCUAAAAUGGCUCCCCAAGUCGGAGAAUCUGUUCCUGGCCUCCCAUGCCAGUGGCCACCUCUACCUCUACAACGUGGACCACCCGUGUGGCACCACAGCCCCACAGUACUCUCUGCUGCGGCAGGGUGAAGGCUUUGCCGUCUACGCCUGCAAAACCAAGACACCGCGCAACCCGCUGUUGCGAUGGGCCGUGGGCGAGGGGGGCCUCAACGAGUUUGCUUUCUCCCCGGAUGGCGUGCAUGUGGCGUGUGUGGGCCAGGACGGCUGUCUGCGCGUCUUCCACUUUGACUCGAUGGAGCUUCAGGGGGUGAUGAAGAGCUACUUUGGGGGGCUGCUGUGUGUGUCGUGGAGCCCUGACGGGAAAUACCUCGCCACGGGCGGAGAGGACGACCUAGUUACAGUCUGGUCCUUUGCAGAAAGCCGAGUGGUAGCAAGGGGACACGGCCACAAGUCCUGGGUCAAUGUGGUGGCUUUUGACCCCUUCACGACCUCCCUGGAAGAUGACGAGCCUAUGGAGCUUAGCGGCAGCGAGGAGGACCUCCACCAGGGGGCGCCGAACAACUCCAUGCACUUUGGCCGGGUCCGAACAAGCAGCACAUUGUCGCGUCUUUCUCGGCACAGUUCUAAAGGUGGCGGUUCGGCGUCGGUCACGUACCGGUUCGGCUCGGUGGGGCAGGACACCCAGUUCUGUCUGUGGGAUCUGACGGAUGACGUGUUGUACCCACGCUUGCCGCUGUCCCGCGCCUUUACUAACACUUUUGGACCCUCACUGUCCAACUCUGGCAGCGGGGUGGUCAACAGCACUUCAGGUGGGGGAGGAAGUGGAGGGGUAGAGGGGCACCAUCACCCACCUAACACCAACACCGGCACCUCCAACCCACCAACACUCCCCUUGCCGCUUCCUCGCUCCCUUUCGCGCUCCAACUCUCUGCCCCACCCCGCCGUGGCAAACACCUCCAAGGGCCAGGGUGCCUCGGAGGGCAGCGGGGGAGGUGGAGGAGGGGGCGGGAGCAGCGGCGGAGGAAACAGCACCCCAUUCAGCAUUGGCCGCUUUGCCACGCUGUCGCUUCAGGAGCGCAAGACAGACAAGUCCGGUGGAAGCGGCGGGGUGGAGAAGGAGCACAAGCGGUACCACAGCCUGGGCAACAUCAGCAAAAGCAACGAUAAGAUCAACGUGGCGCCGAGGAGCAACCGGCUGGACGCUGCUAAGGUCCUGGGCACCACGCUGUGCCCACGCAUGCACGAGGUGCCGCUGCUGGAGCCGCUGGUGUGCAAGAAGAUUGCACACGAGAGGCUGACCGUCCUGGUGUUCAUGGACGACUGCAUAAUCACAGCCUGCCAAGAGGGUCUCAUCUGCACCUGGGCACGGCCGGGGAAGGCGAACUUGACAGCACAGAAUGGGAACUCUCCGAGCGGCACGGUGGUAUAGCUGGAGGAGAAGCUUUGCACUCAUCCCUCCCUCCAUCUCCUCCCUCGUUGUUCGUCGUCUUCUCUCUGUCCGACAGCCUCGCCACCGAUUCUCAAAAAUCUCAAAUUUGGGGCCAGCAACCAGAGACCUUACCCCAACCUACCACUGCAGUAUUAUACCCUCACUAUAACUCUCUGUACAUGCCAUGACCUAAAACCUGUUCCCUAUUGAUUUUGCUCUCACGGUGGCCACAGUUUGUUGGGAAACUCUUCCAAAACUAACAUUACUUCGACAGAUUUAUGAAGUUCUCAGAUAGACAUAAUAGCUAGAAAGUUAGCUGGCAAGUUGGGGAACAAUUACAAAUACUUGCAUAUAGCAAAGACAGCAGCUAGCAUAUCAGCUAGCUCGCCUAAGUUCUGGUAGCUACCUACCGUGAACCAUAUACACAGUGGGGGCCAAGAGCUUUUUGGACUGGAGCUAUUUUUAAUGGUUUGGGAGAGGCCCCUUAGUUCCAGUGAAGAAAAAUCUUGAUAUGUCGGCAUUCGUUGAUAUUUUAGGCAAAAGUGCGCUUGCGAGUGGGCAGUUUGGGUUUGGCACCUUCCUGUUUCAGCGUGCCAGUGCCGCCGUGCACUGAGCCUGGUCAGGAAAGAAAUUGUUUUCCCAGUUUGGUGUGGAAGAAUUUGACUGGCCUGCCCAGAGCCUCGACCUCUACCCCAUCCAACACCUCCAGGAUGAACCGGGAUGCCUACUGUGAGCCAGACCCUAGCACCCAACAUCAGUGUUGGACCUCGCUAUUGCUCUUGUGGCUGAGUGGGACCAAAUCCCCUGCAGCCAGGUUCCAAAGUCCUGACCUUUCCAAAAGAGUGGAGGCUGUUAUGGCUGCAGAUUACGGCCUAUGGUUGACGUUCAGCAAUUCCAUAUGGGUGUAAUGUUCAGGUGUCCGCGCACCUUUUGGCCAUUUAAUUUAUUUAAAGCUUGAGUCUUUAUUCUACAAAGGCAACAGUAGUAACUAUUUUUAGUGUUUUGUUCAAAAUUCAAAUUUCAUGACUUAACAAAAUGUAGAUCCACAGGUUCUACUGUGCUUCAAUGCUGUUUUUUUUUAACAUCAUCAGGGCAUUCUUCUGCUCCACCUUGCCCAUUAUAAAACUGUUCCUCUCCAAAGGAAACUUUUAGGUUGUCCUCCCCUUUUAAAGUGUGAGGUUAGUUUCAUCAGCCAGACCUUAAUGAUUUCAAUAGACCUCUGCCAAAAACCAGAAGCAAAUAUUUUGACCGUGAUGUAACUUUAGAUUUAUAGGGCAGCAUUUAUUUCUUUUCAUUUUGCAAGUAAGAAAUUUGAAAUGCUAAAUGUCUGAGUCCUGUAGUUGGUCCUCAAGAAGAGUUUCCCACCUCUCGCCACCGUGGGAAUAAAGUUUAUUCCCAGUGCGUCAGCCCUCUGCCCCCCACCCCGUGUCUCUCUGCAGAAAGACUGCAUCAUACAAAUCGUUUGUCCUUUCUGUGUGUUACCCUGAAGCAGCAUGGAGCAAGCAGCAGGCCAGCCUCAGUCUUCAUUCGUUCUUCACCCCCGCCUUCAUCCGAACCCUCCCAUCUCCCCGUCAUGUAAAAGACACUGCAGAAGCCACGGCCAUUGUAUUUAAGUUAUUUAUCACAAAACUGUGUAGUAAUUUAUAUUGUAAAUACUGAAAAUACUCUAUAAAUACAAAGAGGACAAACGUGUAUGGAAAUACUGACUGGACAGCAAGGAAGCAAAGAGAAAGCAGGAAAGAUGAAGAAUAUUAAUAUAUGAAGAUCCUUCUAUUGUACAUAGCAACCACAGUUAAAAGUUGAAUGUCUGCUGUUUUAGGGAACCUGAAGAUGUCAAUGUGUUUUUAUUUUGUGUGAUAGAGUUUCUCCAGUUUGUCCCUGAAAGUGAGCCGGCUUUAACCCGUCGACGGAGGCGGAAGCAUUUUUGUUUUUUUUAGAGAGACUGACCCGCGUCUAGCACAGAGAGCAAUCUUCAAAGCGGCUGCUAGCUGUACAUUUCAGCUGACCGCCCAAGUCAAUAGGUCCAAGUAGUACCGAUUCUGCUGGACGCCAUGCGUGGACCAACAGCAUCUGAAGGAGCGACUUGGUCUUACACAUACAUGCACGCACACAACACACACACACCAACACAAUGCCCCUAUGGUGUAGCAUCAUAUAUACUGUGUCUUGGACUCCAUUCCUGUUGCACCUGAAUUGCCUCUUGCAAGAAUUUGCACAUACAAUAAAUCCACGGUCCAUCCUGAGCUGCCAUGGCUGACAUCAGGGGGAUGUAAUUGUCUUGUUUGAUCUGACCUCUGUGCAGAAUAACAGAACAGCUCCGUAACCCCACCAUUCUCUGGACAUGUUUGAUACAGAGGAUUUAAUAGCUGUACAUCUCGAGAGGAAACAGCUCGAUGUCGAGAUUUGGAUUUAUUUCCUUUGACCGAAUUCAAAAUUGGCCUCUGUAGGGUUGGGUAUCGUUUAGACUGAUGCUGAUUUCGAUUCUGCUUAUCGAUUCUGGUGCUUAUUAAAUCCUUGUUCGGAUUCCUGGCAUAUUAUUCGAGUCCGAAAAAAAACCCUAAAAACGUGGUUCAAACAAAAACCAGAUCUGAGCUGUCUGCUUAUUUUUGGUUAAAAGGUCGAAUAAAGAAAAAACAAAACAUUCUCCCUCUUGCACAAGUUCAGUGUUUGCAGUUUUACUGUUGUUUUUCUGGAGGAUGGACAUGCACAGAUAAGCUGAUUUUUGUUUUUGUUUUUUUAGGCAUUAUAAAAAUGACAGGGGACAUUGAAAACUCUGUAUUCUUUUACCAUGCUGCACGAAUGCGUUGUCCUAUUAAACAGACUAAAUAUCCA